GGCCACAAUGAAAUUACCGAGUCGAAACUAAAUCUCCAUUGGUGCUCACUUUCUCAAGGCAAGUUAUUACGUUUUGUCGAAAUCUCGCAUAACGUUUCAUGUGGACGAUGAGUUCUGGCGACGAAGAGAACGAUGAAGGUAUUGAACCUGGGCUUAUUGACGAAACGGACCCCGUGUUCCGUUCUGUCGCCGAAGCGGACGUGAGCUUGGAUGAAAUGAUGAGUUUGGCAUGUCGGCAAGGCAAACUCGACAUCGUGGAGUUGUUGUUGGAAAGCGGAGCCCACGUUGACUAUCGAAACAAGGCGGGGAAUACACCUUUGUUGGAGGCGUGCAGUCAGGGACACGUCGAUGUGGCACGUUAUUUGUUGGACCACAACGCCAACAUUGAUGCCCCCACGGAGACCACUUCUGACAGUGCCCUCACUUGGGCUUGCACCCUUGGCAACGAGGCCAUCGUGGAGUUGCUGCUGGAAAGGACGUCUGAUGUUGAACACCGAACUAAAGAUGGUUGUACAGCUCUGAUGUUUGCAGCUUUGGCUGGUCAUGUGAAAGUGGCUGCCAUGUUGCUUGAUCAUGGAGCCAAGAUCAAUGUUGAGUCAGAUAGCAACAAGGAUAGCCCCCUUACCUUUGCAUGUUGGAAGGGGCACUGUGAUGUUGUUGAGCUGCUUCUGGAGAGAAAUGCCAACAUUGAGCACCGUACCAAGGAAGGGUUCACUCCUCUUAUGUUUGCUGCUCUUGGGGGACAUACUGAUGUUGCGCGCAAGUUACUUGAAAGGAAGGCAAAGGUCAAUGUACCAAGUGGAAGUAAUAAUGAUAUUCCACUGACAAGUGCUUGUUGGAAGGGUCACCAUGAUGUAGUUAAACUUCUGCUGGAGUUUAAUUCCAAUAUCGAGCAUCGCACUAAGGAUGGCUGUACCCCACUUAUGCUGGCGGCACGGUAUGCAACCCUUGAUAUUUGCCUCUAUAACAUAAGAAAAUUAGUGUACAAUGCCUCCAUAAUGUUCAGUGGAAAAUGAGUGGUCUAUGGUAAAGUUAAAGUGAGGUUACGGUUAAAGGCAAGGUAGAGUGAGGAGAGUUUUUGCGAGUAAAUAUGUCCCCACAUGUAUAAGUUUUAAAUUUCCUCUUAUAUUUUCAAAACAGAAUCAUUGAUAUCAUCUUCAAUUUAACAAGUUGGCCACAUUUCCCCAUUGUCUAUAGUCUAAUCCAACAUGAUGACGUCAAACAUCUUCAAGACUAAAUUCAAACCCCUUACCUCUUGCCAGUGGCAAGCAAGUCCAUAUUCCUGAUUGAGGAUCUUUUAGCAUUGUAUUGUCAACCUUGAUAAUUCACGUCUGUUUGCUCAUUGUGUUCCAUUCAGUCAGCAAAAAGUGUUCGUAAGUUUUGCUAAGUUUCUAGUAGACAGGGCAUAAUAGCUUAUGUCCAAAACUGAUAGAUGAAUUUUGAAUAUUUCUCUGCACUCUAUGUCAAUAAUGUGGAAAGCUAUAUUACAAAGGAUGGAGAUGCACAAAACGUGAAAAAAGAAAAGAUUAUGGAAAAGAGAAGUGAUCGCUUGAUAAAUGUUCUUUUUCAAUUUUGACAGCCAGGCUAUUUUUCACUACUUCCUUGAUUCUGUUAUGAUCAGAGCAUUCAAAUAAUUUUUCAGUUGGAAAAUGAUGUGGAUAUAUGAGAUGAAGCUUUAUUGAGGAAUCCUUUCUUCAGAGAUACAUUUUGUCUACAGUUAUAGUUCUAGAAUGAUUUUGUACUCAACUAAGUUCAAGGAAAAACCUUCACUGUUUUUUUACUUAAUCGACGUCUGAUCCAGAGAUCAAUUUCUGAAAUGGUUUUCCUGUUAUAAUUUGUGAAGCUUUUAUCAAUGAUGAGAGUGACAAAAUUUUUGUUGGGAAGGUGUGCAUUUCUUUGAAUGAAAAAAUAAUUCCCAGUAAUUUACUCAUCGUUUUAUAACACUAAUGUUUGGCUUUUUCUAUAGUUCAGCUGGUUUUAAUUUCAAUAUUCCAUUAUUGGUGUUUUUUCUCUUAGUCUCCUUAUUUUUGGGUUGGCAGGAAGUGUAGGAUUCUGUCAGCACCUGUUUUCUUUGAUGCUGAAUUAUACAGGUUACUUUUGGCUGUAUGUCUUUAUUCUGUCAUUCAGACGGUGAAUCUGUCAGAAAGCAGUCUGUUUUACACUUGUUUAUAGUAAUGCUUGUUUCGCAUUGCUUUUCGUGUAUCUCACAACUCAGUAAUAUCUUGUUUGUUUUUGAUGUGUUAAAUAGACACUUUCCCAAAAUAGAAAGCACAAACUGACAUCAUUAAAUCUCAUAUGUCGCUGGAAAUUUAUACCAUUACAUGAAUUUUGCAGUAUUUAGUGUCUGGUGUGAAGAAUUUUUGUUUUACAGAAAUUCAUGAUAUAUCACAUAGAAAAUCUUAUACUAAAUUGAUCAUUUUGGGUAAGGUUCACUAGAAUAAUUUUUUCUUAUUUUUUUAAAUCCACUGAUGAGGAUACAUAGUAUUGUUCGUGAACAUCUUUUAUGAUUUUUUUUUUGUCAUUUAUUAGUGAACUGGACAAGAUUGGCUCUCUAAGGUUUAACCAUCUAUUUAAUAACUAAAACCAUCAAUUCUCUCUUGUAAAUUCAAACAAUGGAAGGUUUUAUAUUAUUAAGUCAAUAUUUUUUUAUGUGAAUAUCUCCCGUAUUUAAAGCAUUGAUAUCUCUUACUUUUGGUGCAGCCCAUAAGCAAUUUUUUUUGUGAUUAUUUAAAAUGAUCAUUCUGAUGAAUUCCUUUUUAAAUUUCAAGAUUGAAUUUAAAGGAUGUGAUUUUUUUAUUAAAGAAAUCAAUCUUGUAUUUUAAAGUCAACCAAUAGUCGGUUUGCUUACCAUGCAUUGUUUGUUCAAAUUUUGCAAUUUUAUGCUAAAUCAAAACUUUAGAUAGUUUCCUCAUCAUACUGGUAUUCUGAGUGAAAAUCUUUACUCAUGAGCUUCACAAUCAAUUUGAUUCCCUUAAAAUUACAGGAGAACCUUUACUUAACAGAAAUAAUUACUAUUAGUUGUGCCAUUUUUGUAAAACUUGUAUGUGUUGUUGCUUACCAUAAUUUAAGGUCAGAAUUGAAAAAAAAAAUUGUAAAUUUUUGAGCAGUGACAGAUAGAGUAUUGCCACAUAUGAUUUAACUAAUUCUAAACAAAUUUGAAAGGCUAAUGCUGGAAAUGUCAGUUUUACAACCUCUUUAAGGUGGCCAGUUUAUAUUAUCAACUUAGCUGAUAAAACUGAAUUAUCUUGUUAUUUCCCUCACUGAUGCUGCACUGCAGUUUCCUUCAAAACUUACCCACUUUAUUCGUAUCUGGUUUCAGACCAGUUUGCUUUGUGUUUUGGCUUGUUACAGAUUCACUCCCUCUUUCUCAAUAGACAAAAACUGCAAAUGACUUGCUCAAGUUUUACAACAUAGCUAUGUUUAAGACAUAAUUUAAGUUGAUUCAGUUGAGAGUGCUUUAAAAAUCUCAAAGAUUUCUUGCCAAUUUUUUGAUAGAAUUGGCCCAAUAACUGUUAAGUAUACUGUACAUGUCCUGUGCAGUUGAAUGUGGAAACAUAACAAAGUUCUGUGAAUAUACUAGGAAAUGUUUCAUAGCAGUGGAAAAAAAUUUUGUUUGUAAUGAUUCUUUGAAUCCUCUUUGGAUCAAAAGUAAACACAGUAAAGAUUAUGCAGUUUUGCUUAUUGGACUUUUGUGUUUAUGAAUUAGUAAUGUACUCUUAUUAUCUACCAUAGCAACAGUACUAUUUUAAUCCUUCUAAGAAAAAUAAUAAGUGAAUCCAGUCUUACAACUUUGCAUUUCCUAUUGGUACUUGACAUUGUUAGUACUUGAGUUUUCUGUGGUUGAAAUUUUUUACUUAAUGAUUUGGAAUUGGUGAAUUUUCCAAUCCCUAUACUUCUGACCAUUUGAUCUUUGAUUAAAUUUCCUUAUUGGUGGUUUUCAGCAUUAUUUUAUUUCUGUAAACAAUCAUUGUUUCUUGCGUCACUAAGGUAUAAUGAUUUGUUUAUAUAUGUUUACCCUUAAGACAUGCAAUAUCAUUGAAAUUUGCAUGAGCUUUCCAUGCAUUAACAUUUGUUUUAUUACAACUAAUGAUACUCUUAAGCUUCUUUCUCAGUCAGAUUCUUUUUAGUCAAGUUAGAACCAUUUCAAAGCCUCUGAAUUAAAAUCAUCUUUCUUCAGAGUAUUGGACAUCUUUUAAAGUGAACUUGGAAAGAUCUGACUGUGACUUGUGUGUUUAUAUUGAAGAGUUUUGCAGCAAAUUUAGAAGCUAAAAGGUUUUUUAAUCAUUUUAAUCAUUGAGGCAAAAAAAACUUGAAGGACUGUUUCUUGAUAAAAGUUAUGGUAUAAAGGUAGCCUGGUAUGGUCAUUUUGACAAAAAGUUGCCAAUUUUUAAAUCAGUGAAAAUGUUUGAGAGCAGACCAGCCACUACUACAUGUAGACAAGUGCUUUUGCUAGAAAAAUGCUCUCAGACAAAUGUGGUAUUUGUUAAAGAAAGUUGUUUCAAGUUAGAUGUCAAACUACUGUAUUUGGUUAAGGUAGUCUAAGCAUUUGAGUUUCUCCCAUUUUUUUUAUCUCUGAAGCUCACUACAAAAUUAAGUCAUCAUAAAUUGAAGAUCCUACUCUAAAAUCCAUAAGAUCAUGAAUGCUGUUCCACUCAAGCACAACUUAAUUAACUUAAUAAUAGACAAAUUUUUUUCUGGGUCAGUUACUUGUUAAUUUAAUGGCAUCGAAGAACAAGAUGAAGAAUUCAAUUCCACACUCUUUGACAGUUACAUUAAAUGAAUAAUAUAUAGAAACAAGCAUGUAGAUUUGAACAGAAAAAACAAUUUUUUAAAAGAAAAAGUAAAACAAAAACUUUUGUUCAGUCAUCAGCUUAAUUAACACUUUCUAUGAUAUGAAGUGCCAUUUAAAUAAAAUCUGUCAAAUAUCUCAGUAAUAGCAACAGUAAGCUUUAGCAAAAUUCAAUAGGUCGUCAUCAGUGAGAACUAAACAUUCGAAUAUGCAUUCUGCAUUUUUCUACAGGGAGGGUCACUAUUCAGUGGCCAAGUUGAUUCUUGAUAGCAAUGCGGAAGUUAAUGUCCCCUCUGGAAGUGAAAAUAAUAUCCCACUUACAUUGGCUUGCUGGAAAGGUAAUGUUAUUAGAAAUGUUGGGAGUUCCCUAAAUGAUAAAAAUGAUGAUGAUGGUUAAGUCUGUACUUGAGCCAAGUAGCCCAUUCAGCUAGAGCUUAUCCCAGUUUCCAUAGCAUGAAGUGACAAGAAGGAUUACUACUCCCCUCCUGGAUGGAUGCCAGUCCAUCGCAAGGUUUACCCCUCAGUAUUUCAUCAGACUUCCCUGACUAUUUACUGAUACCCAUUUAUACUCCUGGGCAGAGAGACUCACUGUAAAAAUGGAGUGUUUGUACAAGAACACAACACAUUGACCAGGCCAGGUCUCGAACCUGGACCUCUCAACCUGGAGUCUAGUGCAUGGACCACUAGGCUACCGAGUCUUCCAUGGAGGAGGAUGAUGAUGAUGAAUUGUACAGGCACAUAAAAUCACUUAUUGCAUUUCUGUUGUAAGAGUAUUAUUACUUUAUCUUACAAUGGAGAAGGGAUGUGUGUCCACUUGAAGUAGUCUCCAACAUAUGGUGGGUACACUUUAAAUCACUCCAUGCUAUGAAAAUCAUAGUAAAAUUCUGGAGGCUGAGGGUAAACAUGGCUUGUAUAGGAACUGAUGUAAGCUUUGAGUGUCUUAGUCUGAGGGAAACAUCUUGAAUUAUUUGCUCUCAUAUUCAUAGGUCAUACUAAUGUGGUGGAACUUCUUUUGGAACAUAAGUCAAACAUUGAGCAUCGCAACAAGGCGGGUUGUACCCCUUUGAUGCUAGCCUCAAGGUAUUGUUAUAAACACUGUUGUAAAGGAUACAUCUUUGAAUGUAUGAAACAAGUUCAAUUAAGACUCCAAGUUGAACAAAUAAAAACUUUUUUUUAAUUCACAACCUUAAUGUAAUAAAAUUCCCUUUUCCAGGGAGGGCCAUGUAGAAACCACUCGUCUUUUGCUGAACAAAGGAGCGGAAAUAAACACACCUUCAGGGAGCAAUGAUGAUACACCUCUCACUCUGGCCUGCUGGAAAGGUAUUCAUGUCAGAAGAAGCUUGUUAUAGUGUUUUUUGUGUGUGUUUAUGGUAAGUUCCCAGCUGGCAAGUAAUGUGAGAUCUGAGAGAUUUGAGUACAAUUGAACAACCAUGGCCUUCCUAUUUUUUUUGGACAAUCAGGACUAUUGAAAAAGGGAAGGGAGAAGGGACAUUGAAUCCUGAUCAUUUUGGGAUCAAGAUGACCUCUAUGCUAUAAUGUGUCUGACAAUUACAAAAAUUUCAAUUUGGACUCAAGGGUCACACCUUGUACUUUAGUCACCAUGUAGUUUUAGUCAGCAAUUUGCACUGGGUUGAAAUGUAAUGUGGGAAGCCACGUUAAAAUGUCUCUUAUCAACAGAGAACAAAAUUUAUCCUUGGCUGGCCCAAUGAGAACCUCAGGUCAAUUUCUCCUCUAACCCAACAUUAACCCUAACUUUUUAUCAGUUGACUGUAGUUAGGGUUAAGGGAGGGGUAAGUGUGCAGUUACUCAAAUACUGACAUUGAUGCAAAAGUUCCUGCGAAGAAAAGUAGACAGUGUGAUAAAAAUUCAGAGCCAAGUGAACAACAACAAAAAUAGGGAACUAAAAUAUCACAAGUUUGUGAUACAUAAUUUACCCCUGCAAGGAAUCCUUUCAAACUUUGGAAAUGCUUAUGCCUUUGUUUGCCUUGCAGGUCAUGUUGAUGUUGUCAAUCUACUUCUCAAACACAACUCCAAGGUUGAUCAUCAAACUAAAACUGGCUGUACACCUCUUAUGGAGGCUACAAGGUUUGCUCAUGCUUAAACCUUUCAUUCCCAAUGUCCAAUAAGUGAUUCUCCUUUUUAGCUACUCUAUCUUUCCUUGCCUUGAAAAUCAAGAUUUGUUUUAUUUCCAUUGCUAAAAGCAAAUCUCACAUUCAGUACUGAUAUUGGGGUUAAAUUCUCAGGGAGGGGCACGUCGCUGUGGCAGAACAGCUUCUUGCUCAUGGUGCUGAUGUAGAACUUCCAGACAACUAUGGUCAAAGUCCUCUAUUUAUGGCCUGCUGGAAAGGUUUGUGCAUUUACAUGUAGCUUGUUAAUUCAAACUGUCAUUUUUGUAGCACCAAAGAUUUUUUAUUACUAUGAGUUUGCAGAACUGAUUGCAUUUUUCAGGGAUUAAGUAUUUUAAAAUUACAAUUUUGACUUGAUCCUAAAAAAUGGGUACAGAAAAUUUUUGAUAAUACAUGAAUUCCUUGAAAAACUGUACUGAGAGCUUCUGGUUGUUCAACAUGGUGAAAACUUUUGCUUGUGAAGAGCAUGGAUUGUGUGAUUGACAACAAGACUUACAUGUACUGUAACUGUAAUCUUGUAAUCCAGUGAAUGAUGUAAAAUUCUGGGUUGCACAAGAGUUCAAACUCAAUGAACCUGUUGCACUAGAUAGUAUCUGACACUGGAUUUAAGUGGAAAUGCUACUAUUAUCUCAGUGGCAGAAGCAGUGAGCAAUAAAAUUUGAAUUAGUUCCUCACCCCUACUGCUGAGAUGUUUCAAUUUUAAUUCCCACCACCCCUGUGGAAAUCCUAGUUGGUAUUGAUUUAUAUUUCUUUAAAAUUAUGGCCUAUGUGACUCCCUCCUACUUGGGAAUUUCAUUGACCCCAGUCUGCGCAGGAACAGAUAAAUGCUAUCAGUGUACAAUUGCUGCAAUGCUUACCUGUAUCAAGCAAGGUUUUGUGCUUUCAAUUCAUUCUCUGUGAGGGGCUUGUAAUUUAGCCCAAGGUAUCACUGCUCACAUGCACUAAAGACAGACUAUUUGCAUUCUAUCAUUUGCACUUAAGGGAUCAUUUUUAUAAAUGGUUUUUGUUUUGCUUCUCAUUUUCCUUAGGUCACAGAGAUGUUGCUGAACUUCUUCUUGAAAAUGUUGCAAAUAGAGACUGCCGAACAAAAACUGGUAUCACCCCACUGUUCCAGGUAAGGCAGGAUGUUUGAGAUAAACAGUUCACAAUGCAUGCUAUUGAAAAGAAAAAGGUUAACUUAACAACAUUCUCUCUUUUUCUUUCUAGGCAUGUCGUGAAAAUCAUGUAGAUGUGGUAGAACUGUUGUUGGAUUAUGGAGCCAGUGUGAAUGCACCAUUCCCAAACAGCAGGUACAGUGUAGGUUUUAAAGAUGCAGAAGCUGAUUUGCAGGAUUUGGAAUCUGUCUGUUGUGUAGACAAGACACUCUACUCUCACAUUACCCUCAAGUAUGGAUAUUUUUAGUUGGUUAUCAAAGGUGGAAUGAGAAAUCUCAGUUGAGUAGGCUGUAAGGACUAGACUAUGACUGGUCCCUGCUUUUUGGCAAAGUGCAUUGCAGGAGUAAAAAAAAAUUAUAUUUGUGCUGGGAUCAAGAUGUUUUUUAAAUGAUUUUUUUGACUCAUGUGACAGACCUUGCCUUUAAAUAGGGACUACUCAUAGUCAGGUGAGGACUUGCUGUCCCUUCCAGUUCAAAAUGAGUACUGUCAUAUUACUUCACUCAAACUUCAGUGUCUAAAUAACUGAAGUAGAUAGCAAGAAUUUCAAUUUCUAUUUACCGUGAAUGCUAUCUUUAAGCCCUCUAUUGGAGUGAAGCCACUUCCUAGAUUUUCCACAGUUGAAAUUCAAUUUUUCUUAAACUGUUACUAAUUUACAUUGCAAUUUUUAAUUGUUAUUUAUUUACCCACAGGGAAAACCCACUGACUCUUGCAGGGGAGAAAGGUCACGUUGAACUUGUCUCCCUGUUACUAAGCAGGUUAGUUAAGGUUGCAGUUGUUUUUAAUCACAUUGAUUAUUUCUGCUGAGAAAUUUUCAGAGCUAUUGGAAAACAGCUUUUCCUUUUUGUGAAAGCUGGGUCAAAGAUGUAAAAAUUUAGGAGGAGUCUGAAGGGAGUGAGCUGGAUUAUAUGCAGGCAACUGAUCUGUUAUUCCAAUAAUAUGAUGUGGACUUCCAAAGAAUCACAAUUCUCUGCCCUAUUUGUAAAACAUGUGUAGAGAAUACUUCCUCGCCUUUCUUGUGCUUUGUGAAGCAUUAAAAAGAUUUGUUGCAAACUUUAAGGUGUAUGUGUAGUCUGGAAGUUCUUUAAAUAGUGUCAUUGUUAAAAUUAAACAUGAUAUCUUCAAAUUCCUUGAAAGGUGCAGGAAGAAAAUUGAAAAUUUUCCACAAACACACUUCAGUGUUUCUGUCCAUUGUGUUAUAUAUUUUUAGCACCUAUACAUAUGCCCUUGUAAAAUGUGUAUCAGUGGUCAAUUUUGUGUCCAACAAAUUAGUCCAUGUUUGGUGAAAUAAUUUCAAUCAUUUUGAAAUCCAGUGAAUGAUGUAAAAUCCUGGGUUGCACAAGAGGUCAAACUCAAUGAACCUGUUGCACUAGAUAGUAUCUGACACUGGAUUCAAAAUAAAAUACUUCACUUGCAAGGGAUUUUUUGUUCAUUGUACACAUUUUGCACUGAAGUUGAAAUGCAGGUGACUAUCAUACGAGUAGUUUUGAGAGGUUUCUCCCAGAAAUCUCAGCUUAUUUUCUUGUCUUCUUUCCAUCCCUUUAGGAAUGCAAAUGUUGAGUGUCACACCAAGAAAGGCUGUACUCCAUUCCAUCUGGCUUGUAAAGAAGGUCAUUUAGAAAUCGGUGUACAGCUUCUUGAGAAAGGAGCAGAUACAGAGGUGACAAAUUAAAACUUGAAUAGAAGCAUGUUAAGUCAAUGUUUAACCCUUUAACUGUCAUGAUUGACCAAGAGAGAAUUUCUUCUUACAGUGUCAAUACAAUAUCAAGCAGGCAAGUGAUGAGAAUAAAGAAAAUAUCAGUUAGGGGAUUAUUAGUUGAUCCAAUACCGAAUUCUCCUAACUAACAUCAUGAGAACUGUAUGGCAGAAAGUAAGGAGUAUUUCUAAUGAGAACUUUGGAGUUUAAGGGUUAAGUCGAUAUUUAAAUGAAGAAAGACACAGCAGCUUUGGGGUUAACAAACUGCACUCAAGAUCGAAAAGUUUGAGAGCUAUUGUGGGAUUUUUUAUUGUUCAUAUUGUUUAAAUACCGUUCUGGAUAUCUCGCGCAGGAGAGGGAUUAUUUUACAAAAUUGUCCAAUAAUGUUACAGUUACAAAUCAACGGUUCAUCUUAAAUUGCAAUAUUAAUCUUGUGCUUCCUUGGUUGCAGGCUACUGACUCCCGAAACAACACUCCUCUUGUUGCGUCCAUGAAGAAUGGACAUGUGGAGGUUUGUUGUUAUUAUUAUUAUUAUUAUUUUUAUUAUUUAUUUAUAUUUUCUUUAUGGUGCCAGCGAGCACAAUUUGUUCAAAUUUCUAUCACACGUUUUUUUGUCGCUGUGAUUCCUUUAAUACUCACCAAGUUAAGUAGGACCUUUUUUCUGUGUAGAGGAGUAUAAUCUCAUUCGCCUCAAGAGCUUGAGCAAACAGAAGGUACACCGUAAAUGUGGAAAAACGGAAAGAAGUCUCGCAUUUUCCUACAAGCAACAAGCAUUUGAUUGAGGGGUGAAAUAGUUACAAGCAAUUUAAAUUUCAUACAAGCUUUCUGUUUGCGUUAAAGUGUAUCGCAGAAUUCUGAGAACUUUUGUUCACUUCUAUCGAUGAAAUUGCACGCUCCUUUAAAACACGUCUCGGUUUUCACUGAACUUCUCCGUUCACUUCUUAAAUAUAAAUACAUUUAACACCGUUUUUCUCAAGUUUUCGGUCAAAUGUUCUCAACUCUCGGUAACACGAACCUUUUUGAAUUUCUGUUGAAGCUUUGUGCUUUUGGAAGUCGACAUUUUGUUCAGUGUGAGUCUGGGAAAAGAAAACAAUUGCAUUGAAUGAAAAUUACCCUUUGCGUGCGUACACAAGAAUCUGUUAGCCCUAUGAAGGGCGGUUAUCACUUGGUUUUGGAUCCCGAAAGGACCAAGUUUAAUAUAAACCUAAAGUACCUUUCGACUUUUCACCUAUAGGUUGUGGAGUGGUUACUGAAUGUUGUCAAUCAUCUUCCGUCUGAAGAUCAGUGCCAAAAGUGUCUCGUCGCACCUGUGGACGAUAAAGAAAAACAUGACGACAUGAUGCUUGGAAGAACAAAGUGCUACGACUUGGUCACCAAGGUCAGUUGCAAAGAGAGGGCAGUAACUCCUUUAGAGUCCACGUUAGUUAAAUGUCAAAAGUAAUCUUGGAUUACAGUGGUUUUUCCUUCACCGCUUUUGGAUCGUGCGGGAAGACUCGCUCCAAAUUCUCAACAAAUCAGAUGCGAAAUCGCAACUAAUCGCGACUUGUCGUUGAUCCUUGGAGCACUUGUCCUCUGAGUAUCGUAAAACCAAAACCAAGCUUAUUACAACAGCCAAUUAGAAGAAAGGAAGAUACCUAUUAGGAGCCAAUGAGAACUCGAAGUAAAAUCCAAACUGUCUAAAGCGCGCGAAAACGCGAGCGACCACGGCGUGAUUGGUCUUAGUCUUGACUCUUAUUGGUUGAGAUUGAUGAGAGUUUUCUGAACCAAUCACAGAGCGUAGCAACAAAGCAAUCCCGGAGUACUUUCGACACUCAAUCGAAAAUUGCUCCCUCCCAGGCUCCUGGCGGUAUGGUUGAUUUUACUCUUUCUUUGACUUCUCGUUCGUUUUUUUUGUUUAACCUUUUUUUUUUUAUCUUUGGUUAUUUUGAUUAAUUGUUUUCUUUUACGACACUGCGACAUGAAGCGUUGUGUUAACACUUCUUAUAGUCACUGGUACAGGGUUUUUGAUAUUGUCUGGUUAAUUUCUUUGUAUAAUUCCCGCUGUUUAGGCAAAGAAGGCAAGGGAACAGAAAGUACAGAGGAAUACAGAGAUCUUUUUGAGGGUUAGUGCUGUUUUUUUUCUCGUCAUCUUUACUACUUACCAUAGAGCUUUAUACUUUGUUGUUUACUUGAGGUAAUUUUCCUCAGCUCAAACAACCCAACAUCUCUUUACAGAGCUCCUGUAUCGACCAUUUGUAGGUCUUAUGCCGAGAUUUUUAGCUGCAGCCCAAUGUUUAUAGAUGGAGUCUUGUAUUUUUUUUUUUAGGAACUCGAACACGAGAAAGAGAAAGAAGACAUCAGGAAGAAGAAGGCAGCAGCAAAACGAAGAGACAAGAGGAAAAGAAAGAAAGCAGCCAAAGACAGCGAAACAUUGUGUGGAGUACAAGUGGGCGAGGACUUACCGCUUGAGAACAGACCGCAAGAGAUGGCGGAUGACUUCGACCACGAUCAAGAGGAUAACGUGGGUGAUGUUGUGGAUACCACACGAGAGCCGUGCUCUGAAGAACUACUUACUGAAAAUAACCACCAGGAAAUGAAAACAGAUGAGAAAGAAUACCUCCUCGCACAAGACGCUUUGAAAAAUAGACAGAUUGCUGAUGAUGAUAGAAAUAAACUCAAGAUUUGUCCCAGUAAUAAGAGAUCUACUCUUGAUAGCGGGCAUGCAAAGCCUAAAAGACCUCUCAGCAGCACAGGGGAUGUGUCGACGCCGCAGAACUCUCUUUGCCCUCAUCAAAAGGGCCGUGCUCGAAGUCAGAGUGCAGGGAAAGAAACAGAGUUGAAGAAUAACACUUUGCCAGAUAAAAAUUCUAGAAAGAAAAGCGAUGAACCUGCCAAGAUCACUAAAAAGAAAAUCAUUCCUUCGAACAGCGACAAAGCGGACUCUGUAAAGACGCAGAAAAUUGAGUUGAAGACUAAAACAACCAGCGAGGUAACACAGUCAGUGACGGUGAAUUGUGUGAAACCAGACGUGAAACAGCAAACCAAGGCUGAAAAGCCGUCGUCGAAGAAAGAAUCAUCCGAAAAGGCGAAUAGCUCUGCGAGCAGUCCUAAAAAGAACUCGUACAGCAGCAAGCAGCAAAAUGUCGGAAAUACAUCUUCUGUGGGUGACAAAUCGUCCAGUUCAAAGGAUUCUAGCGUCAGUGGAGCGGCAACAACUAAAAAGUCUUUCGAUGCAACUCAGCCAUUUGUUCGAAAAGGGAAAGACACCACAAAUGCUGUUGACAAUAAUACACCAACGACCUCCACAGUCACUGAUAGUAGGACUUCUACAAAGGGUACACUCGCUGCAGGACAUUUGUCAAGUGGUAGCAACAAGACAACACCUACUGAAGGAGAACGAGAACACAAACCAGGUGAGUCACUUCAAUUCAGGUCGGUUCUUGUUUUUCUUCUACCAAGAGUCAAAUUCCCCACACUUGGUCGCCAAAGUGCUGGGCACGAUGAGGAAAAUUGUCCUAGGGUGGGGAGGGUGAGGGGGACAAGCUACGAUACAACCAGGUUGGAAAAGAUUGAAGCGAGCCAAGACUUUUGCCUCUUAAUGUUUUCUAAGCAAAAGUUAAUUUUACUUCCUCGAUUUCUUUUUCCUUUUCUUUUUAACAAGUGCACAAUUGACAAGUUGUUGUUUUUUCUUCGCUCUCUCAGUACAUUCACCAAGGUCAAAACAACAGCAUUCCCAGCUAGGGAGAGGUGAGGAUAAUUGGAAAGAAGUCACAAGGAGUACAAACUCGAAGUAAGUUUUUAAUAUUUGUUGAGGACAUUUCGAAUUUAGCUGUGUCGGUAAAACAAACCAUCAGUUAUUGUGUUCGUGUUGUAGGUCAUGUCGGUGUAUCGUUAAAGACUUUGCUUAGAUUUCACAAGUUCUCCUGAACUAUUUGAGGUCCAACAUUGUAUAUCAUUCCCUCUUAGGUAAUCUUUGAACCUCUCAGCCUCUCAUCUACGGCUUCCGAAAAUUUGACAAUCGUUUUCUCUUUUGAAGCCAAAAGGAGGAGAAAGUUUUCACUGAAAUUUUUAUUGUUUUUUUUGUUGCUUCAAUGUGGUUUUUUCUUUUCAAUUACAGGACAGUAAUGUAUCAACUGACAGCUCCCAAUGCAAUAUGUGGGCGUGUCAUUGGUCGUGGAGGGAGCAAAAUCAACUCCAUAACAGUACGUAUCCUGAUCUGUCCGAUAUGGAUCGUCAUCCGUUAUGCAAUAGAAAGCAACAGAAAACUAUUCUUUUUAUUGCUAAUUAUCUUAUCAAUGAUUUUCCUCGCGAAUUGCUCCAAUUAAUCAGUUAAAAACAAAAUUAUUUAACGCUGUGAACCAACUAGAAGCCAGUCAUUUUGAGAUUUUUUAGUCAUUUAUUUAUUGAUUUGUGCCUUGAUGUACUUAUGUUUGUUUACUUUGUACCAUUCCAGGAAGAAUCGGGCGCGCAAAUAACGAUUGGAAAACCAGAACCAAAGAAUCCAACGGACAGAGUUAUCACCAUCAAGGUAUAGAAGGGAUUGACAUGCAGCUUCUCCUUACAAUUUCAAUACGUUACCUAGCAAACUGGUUGUAGGAAUCUAAAAAAGUAUCUGCUCGAAGCUGUAAUGUUGAUCGAACACAAAAUUCCCUCAACCAAUUAUCUUCCAGUAUAGCAACUAGAAGGGAGAGUUACAAUUCAGAUCUUACGAGUUUAAGGGUUAAGGAUUAAAGUUAUCUGUUGUUUUUCAGGGGUCCAAUAAAGCUGUCCAAAGAGCGAAGUUCCUUGUCACACAAGCGUUAAACACGCCUAGUACAAUUGGACAAACGACAUCCUCUGUGUCUACGGCGACCACAUCUAACGCAAUGUCAUCCUCAGACAGGACACAAACCAGCACUUCUCCAGCUCCUGUUCGAGGCAACUAUGCUGCGAUUCCUUCAUCAUCAUCUUCAUCUGAAUGGCCUACCAUUGAACAGGCUAACAACAUGGCCGUACAGGCACCAGCAGCGAAGCCGACCGCUCCUAACAGGAACGACAAACCCAGCGAAGGAACGAAAAGUUCACCAGAGCUUAGCGACGGCAGUCAAGAAGUGUUUGAAGAUGCAGUUGUAGCUUCAGCAGAUGUGGUUGUGAGCGGCACAGAAACAUCCAGUAUCUUUGCAACUUCGACGCCUGUUGUUGCAGACUCUACACAAACCACUUCAUCCGCUUGGAAACCGUACAGACAAUCGUCGCCUCAAAGCAUGGGCGCUUGUACCAGUGCGGUUACAACGAGCGGCAGUAGCAGUAUGACGGUGGCUAGUUCGCAGGAACCAAUUGGCAGGCUGAUGAUAGAAAAACACAAUGGUGAUGUGCCAGCGCCGCACAGACCUUUCCAUUUGCAGGGCACAUCCUGUGUGCAAGCUCAAGCUCAACUCAGAAAUAACCGCUUAAGUGACAUGCAGGGACUGGACCCUGUCACGUUACACGAAAGCUGGGAACAAAAGGUAUCCUUUCUUUGAAGUGUGGCUCCUGUAUGAUUAUACCAAGCUUGUGCUUCUUUGGUCGAGAAGGUGGCACGUGUUUUCUGAAUCAAUGGCCAUUUUAUCUGUAAUCUUUGCUCUUAUCGGCAUUUUCAAACAGAGGCUUAGUGUAUCUACUGAGUAAUUGCUUUAAAAUUGUACCUUUGGAUUUUAUAUGAUAUCAAAACGCCAAAAGAUAAGAAGAGGAAAUAAGAAAGACGAGUAAGGUCUGAGUAGAAUAUCACAGGACUACUAAUGACGAACUUGAAAUUUUUAUGGCUCAAUUUUUUGAAGAUGCACAGUCCCUGUCGGGGCUUUUACAAACUAUAAGAGGGUUCGGGAAAAAGAGACUAACUUUACGUCUAAGAUUUUAUAGUUGUUUACCCGCAAUUUUUAUUAAGUUUCGAAUGAAAUCCGGGAUUGCUUUGGUUUUGUGUGAGUUCGCUCUUCGAUUGGUCAAGAAAAUUUGCGCCUCUCUCUCAACCAAUCCGAGGCAAAACUAAAGCAAACGCGACUUGGUCGUGAAGCUCGGGUAGCCCAGCCGCUGUAAGGGUGAUGAGGCCGCGCUCCUCUCCAAAAGUGAGAAGUUCCUUGCUUUAGUUUGGUUCUACCAUACUUAAUCAAAAGCGCUCUAACAGCUUUUGUGUCGGUUGUUUGUCCCUCAUUAAGGUCUCUUCGUCAUCAACAUCGACGUCAGUGGCAACAGUGUCAAUCAGCACGAGUGCUGUCACGACUGCAAAUCAUCGAGAUCAUCACAUUACACCCGAAAACCCAUUUGGAGUCAUCGGGGAAGUCUCUGUGGCCACCUCAGCUUAUCAGAGUAAUUAUAAUUACUAUCAUCAUCAUUUCUAUUAAUAUAUAGAUUCAGCCAAGCCUAAAAGCGGAGCUCGCAUUUUUUUCCCGCACGUCUCAUCCUUGCCCCGGGACUAGAACCCGGGUCGUCCGACUCGGAGCCCAGUGCACUGACCACCUCUACUGGACAAAGCUUUGGCGUGCCCGAGGUAAUUGACCACGCAUAACUAGCACUUUGUAUUAUCAUCAUUUCCAAAUUUUUUUCUUGAUUAUUAUUUUGUAUAAUUAUGGUAGUAGUGAUAGUAGUUUUAGUAUUAGUAUUAUUGAUAUUAAUGGUAAUAUUAUAAUUUUUUUGUCAUCUUCUGAGCCAUCCCUUUGUGGUGUAAAACAGUUAAUAUCUUUCGAACACGAAGACUGCGAAUCAAACCAUUAAAUUUUGUGUAUUUUGGAGUUUUUUCCUAUGCUGUUAUUCUAACGUCAAGUCUGCUGGUGAAAUCCUAGUGUGUGACCGUUCAAAUGAUUGCUAUUGAGUGUUACCUCCACGGGGGUCUGCGCAAGUGGGUUCUAACUUGUUGUUGAAUGCCUAGUGUUCACCAUUCAAAGGACACUAUCAAUCAGUCAUUUCGUGUAUUUGUAUUCCCAUCUGUUUUGUUACACAAGGUGGUUCUAACUUUUGAAGUUGUUCUGUAUAACCCGAGUGCAUGAUUACUGAAUUGAGAGCUUUUCGGUACUGCUUUUACGAGAGAAGAUUUUUCUUGCUGUAGAAGGCGUUUCUAACGUUUAAGACUGUCAUUGAAACCUCGGUUAAGUUAUGUGCGGUGAUAUGAUUGAGUGAAGAAUGAACUGAAGUCUAUGUAUUUUUUGUCGUAUUGUUAAAAUUUUUCUUCUCAAUUUCAGCUGAAGCUGCUGUUCCCGACUUCAAUUCUCAGCAGGAAAGCUUACUACAGAACAGGGUCUCUUCUUCGUCUGGGGAUGCGACAACUUCCGGUUUAUUACAGUCUCCUAGGGAGAGAAACAAGUCAAAGUUACCCAGUUACUUUAGUUCUUGGGCUUCACAACCGUCAGGUAGAGAUCUUUUUCUUAUCCCUGCGUUUCGUUGAUGCGAUUCGUCUCUGUUUUCCUCCUCUAUGGUUUCUUAGUUUUAGAAGCUCUCGCUAUUUUUUUAUAGGUUUCUCCGACAUAAGUUCAGACAGUAUCACCUCUGGAAGAAAAUUAGAGGUAAUUUUUUACAUUUUUUCUUAUAAACCUUUUCAGAAGUGAUUAUUUUAAACUCAGUUCUGAGAUUAAUCAAGUUGUGUACGUUUAUACCUGAUUAUUGUACCUUGCCUCCACAGGGUCCGCUUCCUGGAAUGAAUAUUUUUACUAGCAGCCUUUUCAGCACUGGGUAGGUUGUUUUCUUUGUUUGUGUUUUUUUAUUACUCGUAUUUUUAUAAAGUUGCUAAAUUUCCUCGUGAAUUUAUUGACGCUACCUAAUCAACCAAUACAGAAAAUCCUGUUUUACCCAUGGCCUCCGUUUUCCCGCCCUUUUCUUUUAUAGCGUGUACUUUGCUUUGAGUUCUGAUUGGUUCUUGUUUUGUAUGUCUGUUUUGAUUGACCUCUUUCGUCGUUUGUAGGUCUCUGUCGUCAUAUCCUUGGUCUACUGGUGAAGAUAGCCGUGAACACGAAGAGCGAGCUCGCAGUAUCAGCUGGUCUGGACAGGUAGAAUUACAAUAUCACCUUCGAUCAUGCAGUAUGAUCGUCUGGUCGAGAGAAGUCAUUAAUUCUUUACCCCCCUUAGAGUGACUGGUACCUAAUUUCUCCUUUCAAUAUCACACCAGAAUCACACAUUGAAGCCAUGAGAAUAAAGGAGAUGAUAAAAAAACUAAAGAAGCUAUGGAAAGUUUAGUGAUUUAUCGAAUGAACGCUCUCCAGCUGAUAAAUUUGUCUUUUUCUUGAACUUGAGUUCACACUCGUUGAUCGCUUCUGGUAUUUAUUUGCAUCGGCGAGAAAGGCCAUUUAUUUUAAACGUAUUGAGAUUUACACUGUGAAGUACAAUCGCUCGUGUCUCUGAUUUGACGAACGAUGUAUUUUCCUAGUCUUUGAAAUGUGUCGGUCAGUAAGAAAACAUCUCAGUAUGUAUGAAAUAAAAACGUCAUACUACUGAAAGUGCUUGAACGAUUUUUAUUCACUCGUUGCAAUGUAUUAGAAAAAACUCAUUCGUUCGCUGCGCUCACUCGUUGGUUUUUUUGUUUUUUUGUUUUUAUGCCUUGCAACUUGUGAAUAAAAAUCGUUCGUGCGCACUUUCCAUGGAAUGAUCCCUAUUUUCUAAGUGAUGUGCGUCCUGUAUAACUCUAGGAUUAGCAAUAUCGAAGGCGCUGUGCCUUGUGUGAUGACACAUCAGGAAAGAUACUGAUGUAUUGGUUGUUGUUGAAAGAACGAUUGUUAACAUUUGUGUAGAGCGUUAAACAAAGAAAAGACUGAAUUUUGCUUUUGAUCUUCAGCAGCAUGAUUAUCAAGGAGAACAUCAAUUCAUUUCACCUGUGAAAGAAAAGUUUUCUCCUUCAUCUCAGAAGUCAGGAUCAGAUGCGGCAACAGUCAACCUGAGGGCGUCUGACCUUCGUGGUGACUCUGGAACCUUCAAAUCACUGUCCUCGGGCAUCUGGGGACCUGUGUCGUCACAGCCUCCGCAUUCCGCAUCCUUGUCGGUUGUGUGCGAUGACAGUACUCCUGAUAAACAGGCUUGGAACAACUCGGACAGCACAAGUAGCAGUAGAAGUAGUAGCCGGCAGGAGCUUUCCUCCAUCAUGGACAGUGACUUACCCCCGAGUAACAACGUAUGGAAUUCGUCCGCGUUACUCGAGGACAUGACACCCACCCCCCAGGAGGCUCAAGGAGGAAUCAAUACGGCGCUGUCAGAUCAGGGUGUACCGACUGGCUCACAGUGGGUCCCAGGCAGAGGAGCUUACAGUGCCCCUUCGUCACCCUCCCUUCCACGUGCACACAAUCUCCCCGAGUCUGCACCCCCUUCUAUGGGAGGACGCCCCUCGGUUGACGACUUCGCUGUGCGGUCGUGGAAUUCCAAGCGGAGGAGUCCACGGUCUUUAAGCAGUAGCGAGCCAUCCACUGCCUGGAAUGAGAACCUUCCUGCUCAACCGAGACGCUCAAGCGUGGAUCUUUCGCAGCCGGGUGGUGGUGAGAAUAGUAUUCCUGCUCAUCCCUGGCAACAGUAUUCGCGUCUACCACAGGGAUACCCUCCUGGCUUGACGAUGAGGGAAAACUGGCGGGAACAGCAAGGUCCUGUGGGCAAUUCAGAGAUCAAUCAACUACUGCAGCGGCUAAGUCUGGAAAAAUAUGUACCCUUGUUUGAAGUAUGGCUUAUUUACUUUUCUUUUCCAUGUUAUAUUUUGUUUAAUUUUUUUAUUACUUUAAUGAUACCAAUUUUCCCGUUUUUUUUUAUCAUUAUUAUCGACAGGAACAUGGCAUCGAUGCAACACGGUUAUCUCAGAUGGUAGAGGAGGAUUUGGAAAAUCUCGGAAUACCAAAGGUUUGCAACAACAAAGCUAUAUGAAUGUCAUUUGUGAGACUCCUUUGCAUGAAGGGUGAGCGAAGGUGAUCUCUGAGUAGUUCCAUGUUAAGCUCUGAUAUUUGUUUGUUUUUAUCUCUUUCCAGGGUCCACGUCUGAAGUUACUUCAUGGUAAGGGACUGUUUGAUUUUUACUGGGGAAUUUAUUUUUCCUUUUUUUUAACCCCUUACCUCCCAUUAGUGACCAAGGGAGAAUUUCUCCUUACAAUAUCAAUACAAUAUCAAGCAUGGAAGUGAUUAGAAUAGAAUAAAAUAUCAACUAGGGGAUUAUUAGUUGAUCCAAUACCAAAUUCUCCAAACUGACAUCAUAAGAAUUAUAUUUCAGACAGUAAAGAGAAUUAUCAAACAGAUCUCAGGAGUUAAAGGGUUCAUUACACUUAUAAGGCUAAGUUUAAUACCCCAGAAAAUCGAGAAGACCUGAUGUUUCAAGCUUUUAUUCUAUGCUGAAGAAAUUUUAACUUCAGUUAAAGAACAAACUGUGACUAUUUGUCGCCAGCGUUACACAGCAGUCUCUUCGAGAACGAAUUAAUUUGCUCUCUUACCGGACUGGUGUAGCAAGGGUGCAUUUGUCUAUAAUUAUGUCAGAAUGGUAGUUAUUGACCGAGUUGUAGAUUAUUGUAUAGAUGUAAAUUGUUGUUCCAAAGGCCGGGAAAACUUAAUGCUGAAUUGACAGUAUUUAUGCAUGAUAUUCAGGUGCGAGGUGGUGCAGUGGAAACAACUUUCAAACCCCAGGAAAUGGAUUUGUGAAGACUGAUCCUCCACCGGCCAUAAUAACUUCGAAUAAGAAGCCCAGCAAAAUGGAACCACAGCCGAUGUUUAACAAUCAUAACCACAUCCUUCCUCAUCACAGUGAUACUCAUCUCUCGCCACUCGGACACAAAAAACAACAGCAAUCCUUGAAACAAACCCUCCACCCCUCGGUACUUCAGACAGCGAGUAACCAUGGAAACCAACAUCUGCUGUCGCUCAUGACGUCACCUGGUCGAGGGCUUAACCCCGCGCAGCACAUUGGGAUGGGAAGUCAUAACCACGCGAGUGGUCACACUCAUGCUGGUAGUCACGCAAGUAAUCUCCCUCCGCGCCCACACUCGGCCUCCGGAAGUAUGACCACCAGUCAGGGCUAUGCACCGGUUGUUUCCCACGGGGAUCAGGCUUUGCCGGGAGGUUACGUCCCGCAACAGGGGCAGUUUGUGAACCACAUGCCGUACACACAGGCCCCGCAAGUAUUUUACCCCGGCGGUUUCUACUACUUUUAUCCACAGCAACAGUAGAUUUUGUCUUCACGCUUAACUUAUUGAUUCAAAUCAUUAUUAUAGCUUCUACGUGGCACUUGUAAUUUAUGAUGUGAACGCGAUUAACAGUUGUCGGGGCUUGUGAAAAAUAACAAGAAAUGUUUAGAUGUAGAUUCAAUAUUUAGCGGAUUGAUGCAAGAAAGUUGGUUGAUGUUCAUGAAAGGAGAUCUCAUUAAAGUUCACUCAUUGAAUGUG